AUGCCGUGCCGACACAUCAAUGUCGUCUGCAAUGAAAUGCUAUUUGAAUUGAACAAGUGUCAGCCUCAAAAGGGGCAACAACGUACAGGCAUUGAAGCCUUUAACCCUCUAGUUGCUGUUGUUGUUGCUGUUGUUGUUGUUGUUGUUGUUGUUGUUGCAGAGUAUUUGCAUGCUCUGCCAGUCAGUGCAGUCUACAACAAUGCUCUCAAAACUCAAAAUAUUAACACUUUAACGCCAAGUUUUUUAUCCGGCUGCCGGAAGCAGACACAACACAGCCGCACACACACACACAGUUACACAAUAAACCUUAGCGGUCGUUACGGCGCCAAAACGCCAUGUUGGAUUAUUCAACUCGACGCCAUUUCGCGUCACAAUGCUCGCAUUGCUCGACAGCAGCAACAGCAACAGCAGCAACAACAACAACCACACUGGCGGCACAUGCCAGCUGCCAACAUGGCGGAUGAAGUUGCAAUUCAAAGUCAUAAACACGUGCAGCGUGGGCGCAAAGUCGCAGCUAAGCUGCAAAACAGUUGCUGCCACUGA